AGUUUUUCUUGUUUUGGUUCCCGAGAUUUCGCUUUUUAUUUUUCAUACUUUCCUCACUUUUGAAAAUAAUUUACUGUUCAAAACGGCAAUUUUUUUGUCUCGGUUAGCUUUUUGUCAUUCUUUUCAAUUAUUCUUGUUGGUCAUUUUUUCACUCAAAGGAUAACUACUAGUAGACUACCAGAAAACCCUCUGGUUUUCAUUUAUCACCUUGUAAAUUUCCCAGUUGUUGAAAUGCCUUUUAGUCGUCAAGGACAAAUUGAGAUCGAUGUACCCGUAAUAUGCUACAUUGAUAUUACGUUUAUUCGAUCUCUGCUAUUAUUAUCUGGUCGUACUAAUGUACAUUUGCGGAAAUUUUGGAGUUUUUUGUGCCAUUUCUACCAAAUUUUCUACAUUGGCUUCUUCAAAACGUACGAAAGCUUGUUCAUAAUAGGGAGGCGGGUGGUAUGGUAAUUUUAGUCAACUGACAUGUGUCAGGUUCUAUUUGGUGACAUACUGGCAGAACUAAUCAAUAUGGAGCCUGCCACAAAUGCCCGAAGCUGUCAUUUUGUAUUGUGAUAAUAUGAGUCUCUGUAUGCUCAACGUACUCAUAUUUCAUUUGAGCCUUGUCUGAAAAGCGGUUUCUUAGUAGUUCAAGUAUUUUCUUUAGGUAUUGUCAUUAUUGAAGGAAUAUCGAGGUCGAGUAAUGCAUUCAGUUUUAGCUAUCAAGUUUAUUUUGUGACAGUGCCUUAAAAUGGGCCAGGAUUAUUUUUGUAUUCGUCGCCUAAGCCCAUUGUAUACCAAGGGUUGUUUUUUAUUGUUGAUCAGGAAAACAACCAGUUUGUUCAAACACUUUAUAAUUAGCAGCUACUGGUCUGUGGCUGCUUAAAAUUCACUAACGUGAUUUUAACAAACAUGGAUCAUAGUCAAAGACCACAGACUAAAGUGCAAUACUAAACGAUAUCUAGAUAAAAAUUGUGUACCUAUUCCUCUGUGUCCACUGAGUUCUUUCUCAAAUGCAUCUUUGAGGCUUCCAUCUUUAUGUUGUACCCUGACAAGCGUACCUCUUUUAAUAUAAUCCGUAAGUAUUUAGGCAAUAAGUCUUGGCACAGGUUUUAGCUAAAUUCUCAAACUCAGGCUUCAGUUAAACUUGAAUUACUGUUGUUAAUUUUGUUAGCCCCGAAGCGUGACUACAAAGUUUAACAGUAAUACUUGAAUUCUAUCAUGUUUAUUUCGCGAGUUCUCACGCUUUUUCCAGUUUAUGAUGUGCGAUGUUAAACCUUAUACCUGCACCAAACAUCCAUGAAGCACAAUUAGAUGUUUUUUGGUCUUACUACUUAAAUCAGCAGCUUAGUUCAUAGUAUAAACAAUGAUUUGAUGUGAUAUCCGUAUGAUAUUUUCAAAUGAAAACAACUUAUCCGGAACUAUUAACCAGUAAUUUCUUCAUGUUGGAUAACUUAAUCAACAUCUUAUGAAUAAAUCCUUUUUCUUUAUUUUAGUAAUUCCAACUUAUUGAAUAUGCUCUAGAUAAAUCAGUCAGAUUUAACAUUUCAUUACAACCGCAUAAAGAUGGUGAAUAAAAUUUUCAAUGUAAUAUGUAUUCAACAUUUCACUCAUUUGUAUUAUCAAUCACUUCAUAUGUGACUGUUAUCAAUUAAUUAUUAGCACCUAUUACAUUAAACAAUAUGAUCAUUUUACAAAUUUAUGUGCAUUUACUUAAAUUAUCAUCAUUAUCGUUAAUCUUCAUUUUACUAGUAUCUUCUACUAAUUUAUCUUAUCCUACAAAUUCUGUUAAGAGUUUAUUGCCUAGGCAAAAUAUCAUUUCUCCAGAAGAUCACUUAAUUGAAAUUAUUUCUAAUAAUUCUAUAAAUUAUGGUUGUGAUUUUAAUCAACUACAGUUUUGUUCAUAUGAGCAUUCAUCUGAUUGGAGUUUUCAGUUAAGUUUAACAGAAUUUGCUUUAAAAAUGAAGGAGGCAGCUGAAACAGCUGCUAAAGUUGUUCGAAAUUUUCAAGAAAAAUUGUCACAAAACAAUAAUACCAACAAUACUACAAGAAUCCAGGUUAAAACAUCAUCAAAUCAAUAUGGGAAUUUCCCAUCUAUUAUUAUUCCAACAGUCAAUUAUUUCCCAUGUUCCACUAAUCAUAGUCAAUAUUCAUAUAUAAAAUUACCAAUUCAUUGGCCUAAAUAUUUUAUAACACAUAAACCAAUUAUACCAAUAGAUGUAACAAUAUCUAAUUCAAGUCAAUCAUCAUCUACUACUAUUACAUCAUCACAAUUAUCGAGGCAAAAACGAUCCGUUAUUUAUCAUCAUCAUCAUCAUUCAAUAAAACAAUCAUCAAAUCAAUCUAUUCCAUCGAAACAAUUAUUAUAUAGCUUUUCUAAAUUAUAUCCAAUAGCUUGUUUACAAUUGAAAAUACAAUUUCUAUCUAAUAAUAAUAAGGAUAAUGAUAAUAGUAUAUUAGGUAGUCAAGUUAUUUUAAGUUUAGGUUCAAAUAAACAAACAAUUCGAAAUGUGUUCAAUAUUGAAGAAUCAUAUGCAAAUGCAUAUCAUGAAGAUUACAAUAAUAAUGAUGAUGAUGAUCUUAGGGAAAAUAGUGAGACAUCGUCACAUACUUCAUCUACUCUAUCAAGGAAAUCAUUUAGAAUAGAUUGGUCAAUAAUACGUCAAGAAAUAUCUGAUUUAGAAAAUAAUACAUUACCAUAUAAUGUAUGGAUUAAUGUUUCAAUGCCUAUCUAUCCUACAACUAUCACCACUACUACUGAUCUUAAUACACUCUAUAAUCAAACUAAUCAUCAUUAUAAUCAAUAUGAACAUCCUUCCAAACUUCAUGAUACCCUCUUAGAACAAUCUGAUCAUUGGAUUGCUAUAGAUUCUAUACAAUUAUUAUCUAUAUACAGUACAAAUAAUGUAUGUCUUGAUGAUAUCAUAUUGUAUACACAUCAGAAUAGACAAUUCUUAAAAUCAAUCUGCCAAAAUAAAUUAAUUUGGAUUAGUAAUAAUAAACAAUCGAAUCAUUCUAUACAAACUUUAUAUCUUAAUUCAAAUGGUUAUCCAAUAUUAUUGAAUAGAACUAAUUCAUCAUCAUUAUCUAGUCAAUCAAAUCAUCAUCAUAAGAAGAAGAAAGAUAGAAAUAGUCUUAUUCUACAAUCCUUUAAAUCAAUCUAUUCAAAGAAAUAUUCAUUCUAUCAUAAUGUACAUAUGAUAUGGAUAGCUGGUUCAUUAUUAUUAGCAGUAUUUAUCACAUUUUUAGCUAUUCUAUUUAUUAUUACAUUUAGUUUAUCAGUCAUGUGUAAUCAGCGUAAAAGUAUCAACCAUAUUCGUUUGAAUACUACUACUAAUACUUCAACUACUGAAAAUAAUAUAAGUAGUCGAAAUGAAAAGUAUAAAAAUAAUAUGCCAUUAUUAUAUGAACCACAUAAACGUCGAAAAUUCUAUUUAAAUCCUUAUCAUAAGAAGAAUUGUAAUAAUGAAUUAUUAAGAAUUUUACCAAAUAAUUUACCGAAUAAUUCAUUUUUAAUAGACUUAAAUAAUCAUUUAUCUUCAUCAUCAUCAUCAUUACAUGGUUUAUCACAUCAUCAUCGUAAUGAAGGAAAACAACAAAAUAGUUCACAACAAGUUAAUACAUCAACAACACAUCAACAAUUUGUAGAUGAUAAUUCAACGGAACUUAGUUUAUGUAUGCAAGAUGAUAAAAAUGAAUUUCUUCGAUCCAUUGAUAGAAAAAUUGUUGACAAUUCAGAUGUAUCUACAACAAGUGCUAUACAAUUAUUACGUAAUUGGAAUUUUUAUAAACAACGUAGUACAUCAUCUUAUGGUUAUUAUUCUUCACCAUUUAGUUCUUCAUCUAAUGAUAAUAAUAAUAAUCCUAUAAAACAAUCAAAUGUAAAACAUAAUACUUCCAAUACAUCAAUGUUAUUAUAUAUGGAUCAUCAUCAUCCAUUAUUUGGAAAAUGUUAUCCUCAUUCUAAUAUGAUUGCCAAUAAUCCGAAUAUAUCAUAUGUCAAUGAUAAAUUAGAAGAGAAUGUUAUGUAUCGAUGUCAAUCAAGAAAUGAUACAUCUAAUUUACAAACAAUAUCAAAUAUACGUCAAUCUUUAAUAUUAUCCAUUAAUGAUAAGAAUGAAUUCAUUCUAUUACCAUCAUCGAAUUCUAUGAAUCAGAAUGAACAAAAUCAAGUAUCAUCAACCAUGAGUAAUAAUAAUACAAUAGGUAUGUUAAAUAGUUUAUCUGAAGAAGAUGCUGAAGCAACACGUUUAGAAAUGGCAGCUUCUGUUGGUGCAUUAGAUCAACAAUAUUUACAACAUAAUAAUAAUGAUAAUACAUUAGAUAAUAUAAAUGAUCAAUUAGAUUAUACUUUAUCAACUAUACCACGUUCAUCAUUUAUUAGAAAUGAUGAUGAAAGACCACCACCUAGUUAUCAUGAUUCAUCACCUUAGAAAUUAAGAUAUUUCUUUAUGAAUUUAGCAUUUCUAAUUUAUUGUUUCCCCCCUUUUUUUCUAUUCAGAAAAUCAAUUCCUUAAUAAUCUUUUAGUGAUCGCACUUUUUUUGGUGGUAGGGGGGCGGAAAUGGGACCAAAAUGUUUUCCUCUACCCACCUCAUCCCUUUAUCCUGAUUAAUUCAUAACUUACUUUUAUAGACUUCUCCUUGAUUAACUUAGAACUUAUUUAUAAUUGAGAACAUGGUUGACAAAUAUGACAAAGGAUUCAAUUUAGUGCAACAGAACUCUUCUCAAAUAGUAAUAAGGCAGUGCAGUGAAUCAUUUAAUCUCUAGAUCAAAUCAUUUCCAUCAUCAUCGUCAUCAUCCUAUUAGUAUUGAAAUAUUCUUAAGAUAAGUAGUUCAUCUGAAAAAUUCACUUUAUAAUACAUAAAUCAGUUCAUAUUUCUAUUUCCUUCUUUAUAUUAUUAUACUUUUGUCAAUGAGAAUAGCUGGAUUUUCUUUUUAAUGAAUAAAAAGUGAUUAGGAUUUUACAAUUUUGUUGUUUUUUUUAAAAAUUUUAUUCUUAUUAUGUCUAUGUGAUGUAAUUAUCCUUUUUUUAAAGAAUUUUUUCCUGAUAACCAAGAAUAGUCAAAUUUUUAUCGUUCUAGAUACUAAAUUCAUAAAUUGUAUGCACCCACAGACAUACAAACACACACACAAUCUCUUGGCGCCAGUUGGUUUCUAUCAUCUCUCUCUGUGUGUAUGUGUAUUUGUCAUACUACUACUAAUAUUCCUACUAUAUAAAGUGUUAUUGUUACUGAAUUACACAAUUUGUUACUUGAUUUAUACUGCUUUUUCGCUUAGGUAGAACAAUGUUUUCUUAUUUAAAUUGAAGUAAUAUAAAUAUCGAAUGUGAUUUCAGCUAAUCCAAGCACAUACAUAGUUGCUUACCAGUCCCUGUGACUUCACUUCUAUGACAUCAGUGGUGAUGGUGGUGUCGUUGUGGGGGGGUGUAUGGAUCAUAUUUUAAAAUUUGUCUGCUUUAUUUCUAUCUAUUUAUACUUUUUUCCGAGAAAAAAAUUAUCUACUUACAACAAAAAUAUUGACAGAAUUCAGUGAUUUAAUUUAUUCAACGCCCCCCCCCGCUUUUUUAAAACAAACAUCGAAAUGCUUGAACCUUCAAUUGAUUAGGUAAAUAAUUGUUGUUGUUUAUUUAUUGAUUGGAAUUUUGUUUCAUUUCUAUUUGUAAAUAACAAUAAUAUUAUAUAAUCCAGUCAAACAAUCAGAAUAAAACGGGGUUUUUUCUUUUUGAUAUGUGUUUGCAUGUAAUUUAAUUCCUCGGUUC